GUUACCGCAAACGUGAGCCGAUAACAGCUCGCGUCGCUAACUAGUGUAUUGACUGCCUUGUUCGCCGCUAACGAUUUCAAUAUGGCGGACUCAGACAGCGUCCUUAGCAUCCUAAUCGACGAAAUUACUGACGAUAGUAUACUUGAGCAUGUAGAAAGGAAUAUUACUAUCGCAACACAGUCAAUGUCCGAUUUUUCAUAUACUUCCUUGAUGCUGACGUGUAGCAAUCCUGCUCCGGUUCGAGUUGAAGGUUAUGUUCCAGACGUAGUGUCAAUGUAUUCUGAUGUGGAAUUUCAGUCCCACUUUCGAAUGCAUCGGUCAACUUUUGAGGAGCUGUGUAAAAUUGUUGCCCCAGAUAUGGCCAGGGAAAGAUCCAUUUCUUUGGAGACGAGAAUGCUGGCAACACUUUGGAUGUUGGGCAAUAUGGAGUGUUAUCGGAGCGUAGCAGACAGAUUUGGCAUAAGUAAAGGCACUCUCCAUCUGACUGUGAUGAGUUCUUCUAAGGCCCUUUGUCAACAGAAGAGCAAUUUUAUUAAUUUUCCCACCACGAGAAGGGAGAUGGAUCAGGUCGCAGAGGGGUUCAGUGCCAGGUGUGGGAUUCCUGGAAUAGUUGGAGCUGUAGAUGGCACACACGUUCCAGUUCCUGGUCCACGAUCACAGCACAGGGCUUCUUUCAUAAAUAGGAAGGGCUAUCCUAGCAUUCAAUUGCAGGUUGUUUGCGACAGUAAACUCCGGCUGCUGGAUACAUACACCGGUUGGCCUGGCUCUGUGCACGAUGCAAGAGUUUUCAGGAACUGCCCAUUACUAGAUGUAUGCCAGCAGCUCCCUGCACCUUACCACUUGAUUGGGGACUCGGCAUAUCCGCUAUCCAGGUAUAUGCUAGUCCCAUAUAGAGACAAUGGCCAUCUUGAUGCUCAACAGAAGAAGUUCAACAAGGCUCACUCGUCAACUAGAGUUGAUGUUGAACGUGCGAUAGGGCUUUUAAAAAGCAAGUUUAGACGAUUGAAAAAUCUUGAUAUGCUUCUGGCUGAACAAAUACCAGAAGUUAUAACGGCUUGCUGUGUCCUACAUAACUUCAUUUUGGACAGGGAGGGCGAAGAUGUCGUGGAAAAUGUAGAAUAUGAUUCUGCAAGUGUAGAGGAGGAGGGAUGUAGCGAUUCACUUAAUGCAGCUGGAGAGGAAAAGCGCAGGAACAUUGCUAAUUUGUUGUAA